AUGCAUCUCCCCGAUCCUGCAGCAAACCGCUCCUUCGUCCUCGAAAGCAUCCAGACCUUCAAGUUCGAAGACCGCCCAGUCCCAACACUGCAAGAUCCCCACGAUGUCCUCGUCAGGGUCAAAUACACCGGAAUCUGCGGCAGCGAUGUCCACUACUGGACAAGCGGCCAAAUCGGCCCCUUCAAAGUAACAAACCCGCUUAUCCUCGGCCACGAAUCCUCAGGGAUAGUCGCCCAGGUCGGAUCGGCCGUGACAACCCUCCAACCCGGCGACAACGUCACCCUCGAACCCGGCGAGCCCUGCCGACGCUGCGACGCCUGCAAAGCCGGGAAAUACAAUCUGUGCGCGGAGAUGGCCUUUGCCGCGACGCCGCCGUUUGACGGGACCCUUGCCAAGUAUUACAGACUCUCGGAGGACUUGUGCUAUAAGCUCCCUGGGAAUUUGACGCUGGAGCAGGGGGCGCUUGUGGAGCCGCUGGGGGUUGCGACGCAUCUUGUGCGGCAGGCGGGUGUAGCGCCCGGCCAGGUGGUUGUGGUGUUUGGGGCUGGGCCUGUGGGGUUGCUUUGCUGUGCUGUUGCGAAGGCGUUUGGGGCGAAGAAGGUCGUUGCUGUUGAUAUCCAGCAGAAUAGGGUUGAUUUUGCGACGGGGUAUGCUGCCACGUCGGGGUUUAUACCGGAUGGAAGUGUAUCUGCUGCUGAGAAUGCGUCUCGGCUGCGUGUGGAGAGUGACCUUGGGGAUGGUGCUGAUGUGGUGAUUGAUGCCUCUGGGGCUGAGGCGUCUAUCAACACUGGUAUCCAUGUUCUCCGGCCUGGGGGCACGUAUGUGCAGGGUGGUAUGGGCCGGGAUGAAGUGCGGUUUCCGAUUACGGCAGUCUGCACCAAGGAGAUUAAUGUGAAGGGGAGUUUUCGGUAUUCUGGGGGCGACUAUCGGCUUGCGAUUGAGCUGCUGGCUGCAGGAAAGGUCACGGUUGAUGAGCUUAUAACGAGCGUCUUUGAGUUUGAGGAUGCUGAGCUGGCGUUCAAGCAGGUUAGGGCUGGGGGUGGCAUCAAGACUUUGAUCAGGGGUGAAUGA